CAUGUGACAGCACCACGCCAUAUGUGACUGAUACUAGAUCUGGAUGCAUUCUGGAUCUGUCAAGAGCUCUGCUUUUCUGCUGCGUAAUAUCACCACCUGCUUCAACAAAGAGGACAAACGCAGUGUUCUAGUGUAGUGUUUGAGUUUUCCAGACUCUCAUUGUGCUCGCCAGUGUUUGUACUGGAGUUCAGUGAACUGUUUUAGGAGAGAGAGAGCGAGAGAGAGAGAGAGGGGUGUGAAAGUGAAGCACUAUCAGUCUUUGCGGACUGGAGGCUCAAAAACAGCGGAAGAGAGAAAGAGAGAGAGAGAGUGAUAGAGAGAGGAAUCAAUCAGCCAUGGCAAAUAUCGCUGUGCAGAGGAUCAAGCGAGAGUUCAAAGAAGUGCUGAAAAGCGAAGAGACAAGUAAAAAUCAAAUAAAAGUAGAUCUGGUGGAUGAAAACUUCACAGAGUUAAAGGGAGAAAUAGCAGGACCACCAGACACACCGUAUGAAGGGGGCAGAUACCAGCUAGAAAUCAAGAUACCCGAGACAUAUCCUUUUAACCCACCCAAGGUGCGGUUUAUUACUAAGAUCUGGCAUCCCAAUAUAAGUUCAGUUACUGGGGCAAUAUGUUUGGACAUUUUAAAAGACCAGUGGGCUGCUGCUAUGACUCUGCGAACAGUUCUGCUCUCACUACAGGCUCUGUUAGCUGCAGCAGAGCCAGAUGAUCCUCAAGACGCUGUGGUAGCCAAUCAGUAUAAGCAGAAUCCAGAAAUGUUCAAACAAACCGCUCGUCUCUGGUCUCACGUUUACGCUGGUGCUCCCGUGUCCAGUCCCGAGUACACACGCAAAAUAGACAAACUUUGUGCAAUGGGCUUUGACAAAGGGUAAUCACAUAUGUCUGCCAGCCACAGUGCUACUUGCCAAAAAGUACCAACAAAUGCAGUAAUAGUAGCCUUGUCCUCAAAAUCAUGGGAUGUGGAGACAGCGACAGAGCUGCUACUAAGCAACUGAUCAUCCAGUUCUCUUCAUCAGGCCAUGUUUUCCUCAAACCCCUCCUGCAUCAUGACCCAUUCGCUCCACAUGCACACAUGCAUCACCCGUCUCGGUUUGUGUUCAGAAUGAAUGUUUGGGUAAGAGACAGCAGUUGAGACAGCGAGACCUCGGAGUCGUCUUCUCUCUCUCUUAGCAAAUGUUCACAUCCCUUGUCUUUGUCUUUUUUUCUUCCCAACAUUUUUACUGUUUUUGCCUUGCUACAAUCAUUUUCCCUCUUAAAUUUAGGCUGUCACUUCCCUUUUAAAGAAACCCAGAAAAGACAAAGCCUCUAUCACUGUCAUUUCAUGCGAAAAGAAACACCCACUUGCAUCUGUAAGACGAUGUUAGUACAUGUAAAUUGGUAUAUUUAAGGUUGUGUACAUUUAAAAGGCAAAAUAGCAGUAAUAUUUUUUUUUUUUCAAUCUGUACACCAUAAAAACAUGUUUUGGGAUAUGCUUAUUUGAAUGGGAUAUUUAGCAUAUAAAAACUAAAAUCUUGAGAUUAUUAAUACCCCUUCUAUUUGACGAUCUCUUACAAUGAACAAAUGUGUGAUUUUAUUUGCUCAUUUGAUUCUUUUAAUGUUUCUUUUGGUUUUCUUUGCACUUAUUUGUCUGUAUAGUAGUUGAUAUGGCCAGAUGACAUGGUGUUAUGUGAGUGCAGACACAGUUUCAGACUUACUGGGUGAAGUGUUAUAUAUAUAUAUUUUUUUUAAAUGAAAGGAAGAUUGCCCUUUUUCAUUUUCCCUCUCUUUGAAAAGGGGGACGAUGCAGGAUUGGUGGUCACAAACCCUUUUUGUUUUCAAGGCAGCUGUGGGGUUUGCAACUUGAUAACGGACAGAUAUACCAUGAGUUGCCUCGUUUUUUUUUUUUUUUUUUGAAGAAUGUAUUGUAUGAAACAACUUGCAUUUAAGUGUAAACAUUUUGUACAUGUAGAGAUGAGAAAGUGAAGACGAGUUUCUGUUCUCUUAAAAUGAUUGGCUUUUUUUGUAGAACACUCAGUUUGGCAUCAAAGUAUGUUGAUGUGGAGGUUUAAAAGGGUUUCUGAGAGUGAGGUGGGGUGCGUUUCUUAGCAUACCAAAAUUGUAUUCCGAUUUCCACCACAAGCUGGAUAUAAUUUCAUAUUUUGCACUUAACUGAUGUUGCAAGCAUGAAUCAAACAGCUAGAGUUUUCUAGUCAACAAAGAUGCUUCAAAGCAAACGGGCCAAGAGCAAGUACUGCCACACAAUGCUUUGUGAACCUGUUUUUACCUAGUGUUCUGUUCUUUUCUUACAGGGGUGAAUUGUUAAGUUUCUUUUCUCCCUUUGCUAUGUGCUUCGAUUUGCUAGCAUUCCCAUAUAACAUCUGUUUUCAAAAUGCCCCCAUUUCACAGCUAGUUGCUUUCACACACCUCCUUUCUCAUGUACAUACAGCCAAGUUUUUUUUGGUGGGGAGGGGAUAAAGUACUGUUCAUCUCUAGAAUGCACCAUCGAUGGCUGGAUUUAUAUUUUGUAUGAAAAUCAAAAAUGAAACAAAAAACAAAAAGACUGUCUUCCUGUAGUGAUCACCUUGUUCAAUAUUGCACGAAGAAGUGAAUUAAAGGACAAAAACUUCCGUCAAAAGGAGAAAUGCAGGUCAUGGGCUCUGGCUUUAGUCACUUUAAGCUCCUUUACAAAACAAGACAGAAAAAAAAAAACCUACUCGAGCCGUACAAGCAUGGUUAUUUAUUGUGAAACUGUCAUUCUUUUGAAUUAAAAAAAAAAGUGAAAAAAAAA